ACAGCAACCGGAAAUCAAAACCAAACCGGUCUGGACGUUUCCUGGAUCGAAUUGGACGCCGUUUGAUGUCACCGUGCGUCUCCCUCCACCCCCUCGACGAUGAUUUGCGCGGAAGAUGCGCCGCCGCUCUGAGAUUUCCGCUGACCUUCGUUGCGCCUGCUGCUGCUGCUCCGGCAGCGCACUCACACCGGCUGGCGUUUUGUUUUUAAUCCACCAAGACCGAGGCAGAUGCCCGCCGUCGCUCUGUCAAGCCGGCUUGUACUAUGGUGGAGUUUCGCUCCCUCAGUCCUUACUGGCCUCUCCUCCGCUUUCUGGUGCCUUUGGCGAUCACUAAUGUUGCCAUCGACCUCGGCGAGCAGGCUCUUAAUAGGGGCAUAGCCACAGUCAAAGAGGAUACAGUGGAAAUGCUGGCCAGUUAUGGCUUGGCCUAUUCCCUGAUGAAAUUCUUCACUGGACCCAUGAGUGAUUUCAAGAAUGUGGGCUUGGUGUUUGUCAACAGUAAGCGGGAUCGAAGGAAGGCUGUGUUCUGCAUGAUGGCAGCUGGCGCCAUCGCAUUCAUCCUUCACAUCUUAAUAGCUUACACAGAUUUAGGGUACUACAUCAUUAAUAAGCUCCACCACGUGGAUGAAUCUGUGGGCCAUAAAACAAGGAAGGCGUUCUUAUACCUGUCCAUAUUCCCUUUGUUGGAUGCCAUGGCUUGGAUUCACGCAGGGAUACUUCUCAAGCACAAGUACAGCGUCAUAGUAGGCUCCGCCUCCAUUUCUGAUGUUGUAGCUCAGAUUGUGUUUGUGGCCAUCCUCCUCCACAGUAACCUACAAUGUGUGGAGCCUUUACUCAUCCCCAUCCUUUCACUGUAUAUGGGUGCCUUGGUCCGUUUCACUAUUGUUGGUCUGGGCUACUACUGCAACAUUCACGACAACAUCCCAGACUCUAGCGGGCUUGACGUGGGGGGUGAUGCCACCAUCAAAAAGAUGUUGAGCUUCUGGUGGCCCCUGGCCCUCAUCCUGGCCACUCAGCGCAUCAGUCGGCCAAUCGUCAACUUGUUUGUAUCUCGUGACUUGAAGGGCACCACUGAGUCUACAGAGGCUGUCGCUGUGCUCACCGCCACAUAUCCUGUUGGUCACAUGCCCUAUGGUUGGUUAACUGAACUCAGAGCAGUCUACCCGGCGUUCGACAAGAAUAAUCCCAGCAACAAGCUGAAUGCUGGUAGUCUCGUCACCAAGUCGCAUAUUAAGAGGUUUACAUUCUGCUGCCUGGCGCUGUCGCUCACGCUUUGCUUUGUGGUAUUUUGGGCUCCUCACAUAUCGGAGAAGAUCCUGGUUGAUGUGAUUGGAGUGGAGUACACUUUUGCUGAGCUAUGUGUGGUUCCACUCCGCAUUUUCUCCUUUUUCCCUCUGCCAGUGACUGUUCGGGCUCAUUUGACUGGAUGGCUGAUGACCCUGAAAAAGACCUUUGUGUUGGCCCCCAGCUCGGUUCUCCGCAUAAUUGUUCUCAUCACCAGUCUAGUUGUGCUGCCUUAUAUGGGGGUUCACGGUGCUACACUUGGAGUUGGAUCCCUCUUGGCAGGUUUCAUAGGGGAGUCAACGAUGGUAGCAAUAGCAGCCUGUUAUGUUUAUCGACAACAGAAGAAUGAGAUGAAUAAUGAACUGGUUGUGGAAGGAGAAGACUCCGUCCCCAUGAGCGAGGUGUGCUCCACGAAUCAGAUGGAUGCCAUUGAGGAGCUUCAGGAGGAUGAAGAGGAGCAGGAGUGAUGGACGAUGAAACCAACUUUGCGGUGGAAGCGGGACAUCAUCAACUGUUGGCGGGCUUGAAAGGAUUGAGGACAUGAGGUCGGUUGUGCCAAUUUCGAAUAAGACUGACAAAGUCUUUGGCACAAUGACUCCAUGUGUUCAGUCGUCCGUGUAAAUACCUGGAUGUCUUCCGAUCUUUUCAGCAGUUUUGAAUCAUUCUAAUCUGAGGGUGUGUGAAAUACUUUCACGUGUUUACUAGUGAACAAGGGGAAAACAUCUGUCAAGUGUUAUUGGAGACGACAAACUCCACAGUUCAUUAUUUUUUUCUUAUCAGGAUGAAGCAGGAAGGCGUCUCAGCUAGUGGGACUUGGGUUGUGCAAUUGUAUUUUACAUAAAAUGGUGUACAGAUUAUUUUAUAUCUGUUAUGCAAUGUGUGUAUUUAAUUGCCUGAGGGGUCGGGAAUCCCUCCACAUUAUUGUGUGUAACAGAAAUGUUUGAAUGUGCACUGUCAUGCACGCUGCAAGUUUUUUUUUUUUUUUUUUUUUCCCCAGCACAUCUAAUUUCGUGGUGGUGUAUUCAGACUGUCGUACUGUAUAUACUGUACAGGCAUUCUUAUUUGGCAAAUAAAUUGUUUUAUUAUUAAACUG